UUAUUUUCCUACAGCCACAAAUCGAAAGUGGUAUACGAAUACGGGCGCGUCUGGACUAGUAUACUGCUAGCUACUGACCGUUGUAAACUCGCCCACAGGAAACGUUAGGCUUCGUACAGGUUAAAAUGUGGAUGUAAAAAAAAAACACGUCUUCUUAUGGAGAAUUUAUUACAACUGUGAACUGGGCAACGGAAACACAACACUGCGAUAAAAAGAACGAUCAUAAUUGGUUGGACAGAUUUCGUGACUCGCAAUCUUCCAGCCUCGUCAUCAUUAGCGACCAUACGUUCACAACAAGCCCAUUUAUAUAGGAAUUAUUUCGAAAACAACGAACUUGCGUUCGGUUUCCUAUCUCUGCUCCCACGGAAUGGAUUGGAAAAACGAUAGGACGACAAUAAUAUGCACCGUAAACUGCUUGUUGGAGGAAUGCAUCGCACUGGAACCCUAAAAGGAAGCUCCAUCAAAAAGGUGACGCCCCCUGUGGUGCCAGAUCUCAACAACAGACACUCAGGAAGUAGUUUUUCUAGCGGUUAUGGAAGUACUACAGCAGACAGAAGUUCUUGCUGCAGUGUCAGUACCGAUGAUUCUUUUCCCUCAGCUCCGCGAUCCCCUAAUAAAGAAUCCGCUGAUUAUGGAAGGUUUCCUGUGUUCCUUACACCAGUCUCGGUCCCCUCACCUACCCGACAUGGUGGCUUUGGUGACUCUCAGACUCACUAUACCCAAGUAGUUGUACAUCCACGUCCCAGCAGUCAUCCAAGUACUCCCACAGAGGGGGUGCACCCCAUUGGCUUUGGGAAUGCGCCUCUAAUGACACAGAACAAACCUCUUCAUGGCACCCACUCAUCAUUGGAGGAUCAAGGAAUUGAUGUGUGUCAGAGUCCUGGCCGGGAGAGUCCGGGGGCUAGCAGUGGAGGGUCUUCGUCAGGAGGAGGGUCACGAAACAGUACUUCCAGUCUGGACAGUGGGCGAGCUUCAACGUCGGGAUCAGAUGGCAAGACGAAUACCAAUCGUAUGCCUGCUCAAAGCUACGUAUCUUGUUCUUCACAAAAUUACCAUGGCCCCAGUUUCGGGAGUGUCGAUGACAGCAGAGCCCUCUCUGUUCCGAAGAUUAACGUCACAGAAAUGAUGUUGCACGCUAUUCCUGACGUCGACAUCCUGCAAACCUGGCUUACGAGCCUUCAUUUUGGAGACUACGUUCAUCUGUUUCUCCAAGCUGGCUAUGAUAUGCCUACCAUUUCACGCAUGACUCCAGAGGAUUUAACAGCCAUAGGCAUCAAGAAACCCACUCACCGUCGCAGGCUUAAAGCUGAAAUUGACAGAUUACAUAUAUCAGAUUGUCUACCAGAGUACAAACCUGAUACAUUAUUACAAUGGCUUCAGUUACUCAGAUUGGAGGAGUAUUAUGAAACCCUUUGUCACCAAGGUUAUAAUUCUGUUGACCGGGUCACAGAAUUAACAUGGGAGGAUCUGGAGGAAAUUGGUAUUCAGAAACUUGGACAUCAGAAAAAGAUUAUGUUAGCCAUAAAAAGAAUUAAAGAUCUAAACAGUGGGAUUCGUCGUCCUAGUCACAUCAGAGACAUUCAGCAACAUGGUUUGGAUAUAGGUGGUGGAGCUGUUGGUGUUUUACCUCAUCCGACAUCUUUAGCCCUUGCCGUCCAACCUGUUCCUUCUUAUCACUAUCCCAGCCAAGAAAUAGCCAUCACAACUUCUCGAACUCAUACCUCACCAACUACAGAGAUUACUUGCAUUCCUGAACUGAAAACCUUUCAGCAGUCCCCUCCUAAAAAUGAUGGAUUUUUUCUUCCUGGACAAAGAUGUGAAUUUUCCUCACCUAACCAGCUGGGUCCACGUCACCAGCAAAAUGUUACAAUACAGCUGAGGUCUCCUAAUAGGGGGCAUUCCUUAGAAAGCUUGGAUAUGGAUGACUCUGUCUCAACGAUAGCUUAUCCACAUUACAUUCAAUCAGAUACAUGGUAUGACACUGUGAGUGCGUGGAGACAUAAUGGCUAUGAUACAGAUAGUGAACUGAGUGUUCAGGCCAGUGAGUGCUACAACAUGUAUGUUAGUGAAGGUACACCAACUCUGCAUAGACCCAAAGGAAUGGUAAAACCUCGUCCUGUCGCAAAAAUUAUUGCAAAGACCAGAAGAGAGGAAGCAGAAGGUAGUGAAAUAACUCAAUGCAUAGACAGAAAUCCUAAAACAGCCCUCAAAAGUAAUGACCAUGAUAUAGAUGGAUGGUCAAGUCUAGAGGGGUCUCCGCGACAUAUAAUACCUGGUAGGACUUCACAGUUAUAUGGGACUUUGAAAUCAAAACGAACUCCACCACCACCUCCAAAAAGGACCAAUUCCAUGAGAUGUGAUACUCAAGAUGAUGAAGAUCUGGAUUCCAUGCAAGAUAAGGCCUUUGCUACAUGUGUUCAGAGUUUGAGGUCUCGAUUUGACCAAGCUACUAACAAGCAAAAUGAACUCUUACUCCCACCACCCCUACAUGAGGAGCAACUACCUUCACCCACCCCAUCAGAGGACUUCCCUCCACCUCCCUCUCCUUUACCCUCUGCUUUAGAGGACUCCAGAACAGCAUCUGUAACUGAUGGGUUGUGCAAAGCAUCAGGGACACAUCUUUUGCCCAGUGCCAAAGACUCAGUGCAAUCAGAUGAGCUUAGUGCUAAUCCAGUGUUUCGACAAAGAAGAAAGGACUCUGCCGACUCAAAUUCUUCUACUUCAAGCACUGACUCAAACUCCUUACCAUUUGCUAAUGACAAUGCUGGCACCAUUAAACAACGAGUCAGCAAACAAGACCAGUCGACCCCAGUUGGCUCAGCCAAAUCUACUCCAAUGAAGAGGGCUAACCACACCACAUCAUCUGAUUUAGCAACAAGUAGAAAUACCCAGAAUUCAGCAGCUAAUAGGAGUGGCACGGAUGACAGGUCAGGAGAUGUAAUUGAUGACAUAGAAAACAUGCUGGUCAAUUUAUCCAAUCAGUUAGAUGCCAUGUUAGAGACAGAGACCAAUGGUUGAAGAAAAUUGGCCCUACUCAUUAUAGCUUCUAUGUGUUACAAACAAAAUACAUUUGUUGUAGAGGUCAACUACGCUAUUGUCUAUCGUAGGAACUUUGUAUACUAUAAGUGAUGAUCCAUAUUCAUCAUUUUUACUGUUCUUUUUUCUUUGCCCUUAAUACUGAAAUGCUAAAUCUUUAAAACAGCUCAAAUAUUUCUGCACAUAAAGGUAUUUUUCAGUUAUAGUGACUGGAAAGUCAUGUCUGUUGUUUACUGCCAUACUUCUGAAGUUUACUUGAAAUUGAAAAUAUCCGAAUUGUUUAUUUACAAAGUAAUGUCUGAUGUGCACAAUUGUACCUUUGAUGUUCUCUUGCUAAGAUAUCUGAAAGUGUUGACAACCACAACAUAAUAUCUGAUAUGUACUGUCUUACUUAUAAACUUUCCUUGAUUAAAUAAGUUUUAGAAUUGAGUGAUUAAACCUGAUAUUUGUUUAUCAAUCAUCUAAAAUUCAUGUAAAAUAUCAUAAGUUUAAAAAUUAAGUUUGAUGUAUUCUAUCAUAUAUAAAACUUCUGAAACUUGAAACUUUUAACAAUUUGAAGAUAUGUGGCAUGUAAUGUCAUGCAUUUGAAACAUGACUUGGUAAAAUAUCUUAAAGUUUUGAAAAACUAGAAGAUAACAUGUGAUAUGUAUUAUGGUAUUUCUAUAGCUAAUAUGGUAUACCAAACUUUACAGGUAUAACAUAAUAUCUGACCUGUAGUGGAAUAUUUUUAAAUUUCAUUUUAUAAAUAUCUUAAAAGUUUUGGAACCAGAAGCUAACAACUGAGAUCUACCAUUAUACUUAUUAAGUUGACUUUGUAAAAUAUUGAAAAAUUAUUGAGAUUUGUUAGACAAAGUCUUGUAGGUACUGUCAUAUUCUUAUGGCAUUCCACAAAAUAUAUAGACUUUAUCUUUUGGAUAUAUUAAUAAAACAUAGUGCAGUUCAAGGUUGAAAAAUGUCUCAUUUGUACUGUGACAACAUGCAUGUAUAUACUGUUUUUUUUAUAACUACAAAUUAUAAACUAAUUGAAAUCUCAGAAAUCUUUCAGUGUUGAAAGAUUUGACUAAGAGGUAUUUAUUAAGAAGUUUACUUCUGUAUUGCUUAUGUAACAAACCUUCAAAGCUUUUUUUUUUGCAUCCAUUCAAUUUCUACAGAUAUGGACCAUUGUAGAAUGACUUAUAAUGGAGCAAUUCUUCCUAAUUCAAAAAAAAUAUUUAAAUGACCAAAAAAGAUUGGCAAAAUGAGUUUAACUUCAGUAUGAUAAUCUGCCUUCUUUGUAAUCUAACAAACAAAUUCCUGAAUAUGGGCUCAAAAUAUUUUUUUUUAUCAACCCCACUUUUAGAAGCUUCAACUUGCUCCUAUAUGUAACUUGUUCUUGUAUGUUAUAUUAAUUUAAAUUAAUUUCUUAAAAAGUUAGAUUAAUAAACUUAAUACCUACCAUUUUAUUAUUGUAAAAAUUUUGUCAUGUUUAAACUUAACAAAAUAAUAUUCUAAUUUAGGCCCAAAAUCUUACUCCUAUUUUAUAAUUUUAUCAUUCUAUCUAGAAGUUUGAACGGUGCUCUAAUAUGUGUAUUUUUUGCUGUAUACUAUUUACACUGCAGUUGAUUUUUUGUUAAGUUUUAAUUUGACCGUGUGAAUACCUUCCGGUACUUGUAGAGCUUUCUUGUAACAUUUGUUUCAGUGCUCCAUGUGAGACAAUAGACAAAUCAAAGAACAGGGUUAUUCAGUAGUGAUUUUAAAGGUUCUGAACUUCCACUUAUGUGUAGUCUUGAAAUUGGAUAAAAUGAGUCGUUUUUAAAUUAAUUACUCUUGAUAGUUUUCAGUUUAACAAUGUUGUAUGGCAGUAGCUGUACAAGUACAGAGAGAGUUUUUCUAACUGAUAGAUUAUAUAUGUAUGUACAUAAAUUAUUAGUCUAUAAAAAUGGACUUAUGUGGCUUAUAUAUAUAGAGGGACUUGGGAAAUGCUAAUUUAAAUGUUAUAACCAAAUGAUGUAAAGCAGAUUUUUUGUUUCUUUAAAAUAAGCAGGAUUCUUGGCUAUCUUAGCCUUUGGUUGAUAACUAAUGUUGCCAAGUCCUGUUUUAAUCAGGUAUUAAACUUAGCUUUUGUCAUCACCCAGUGUAUGAUGCUUUUUUUGUGUGAAUAAAAGUGACAUUAGUUUCUGGA